AGCAUAUAUUAAAAGAAUUUAUCUUUAUUUUAUUUUUUGAUAUAAAAAUAGCUCACGUUAUGAUAAUGGCUUAUACUAUAAAACUGCAAAUAUGGCAUAUAUCCAAACAAGCCAGAAAAUAUAUUAUAGCUCUAUUUCCCUUAUAUUAUAUAUUCUAUGUACCGAAAUUUUAUUGGAAACUGAUAAACUUUUAUUCUACAUGGUGUUUCAUUUUGAAAAUGUUUAGGUAUCAACAUAGAACAAAGAAGGGGACAGAACAAUGGGACCAAAUUGGCUUGAACUUCCAAUAGACAUUACAAGAAACAUCCUUCAGAGGCUCGAUAUCAUUAACAUUGUAACAAGUAUAUGUCUAGUGUGCCCUCUAUGGUGGAAUAUCUGCAAGGAUCCUUCAAUGUGGCGCACCAUUCAUAUGAGUAACAAUGAAACUUCUCGUUACUCUGAUGAGGAUUUGGUUAAUAUUUGUCGUUAUGCUGCUGAAAGAAGUUGCGGUCAAUUGGAAGACAUUGAGAUUGUUUCUUUUUGCACCGACAACCUCCUACAAUACAUAGCUAGUUGUGGAAGUCAGCUACGACGCAUACGGCUUACAGAUUGUCAAUAUAUUUCAUACAAUCAAUUUAGUGAAGUUGUAAACAAAUUUCCAAUGUUAGAGGAGCUUGACAUUACAUUUAGCAAGCCAUGUAAGGGUUCUCUUGAAGUCAUUGGUCAGAGUUGUCCACUUUUGAAAUCACUGAAAUUUAGCCGAUUGAUCAGCGAAGAAUAUAUGAAAUGGAAUGAUGAUGCAUUUGUUAUUGCAAAAACCAUGCCUGAGCUACGCCAUCUUUCGAUGAUUGAUAACAGACUCACUAAUGUUGGGUUGGAAGCCAUUCUUGAUGGAUGCCCCCUUCUUGAAUCUCUUGACCUGCAAAAUUGUUUUCUUCUUGAUUUGAGGGGUAGUUUGGGGAAAAGGUGUUGUGAUCAGAUUAAAGAUUUUGUACUUCCACCCGAUGAUGAAAAUCUAGAUAUUGACUCCGAAGAUGAAAAUCAAUUUGCAAUGAUGUUAAGUAAUUUGCAUGUUUGACAUAGGAAAGUUUGAUGUUUUAAUUUUGCUUAUUACUGUAUUUCAAUUUUCAAGAAUAAUGUGCAUGGU